GUUACGACGUCGGUGCACCCACCUGGCCCGCAUCCAUGAUCCACCAACCCGUCAUCCACUUCGCCGAAGCUCCAACGAUCCAGAAAUUUCGCCGAUCAUCCUAACCACUUUCCCUCUCUCUCGACAAACCCUGAUCCCAAUUUCCCAAUUCCAUCUUCCACGAUUCCGCAAUCCGAUGGCAGAAACUAACAAUCCAGCUGAAUUGCCGGCCGAAUGCUGGGAAUCGAUUAUGAAUUCCCUCGAUCAGAAUCGAAGCUUCGAGUCCCUCUCCCUCGUUUCCUCCCAAUUCCUCUCCAUCACCAAUCACCUCCGCCGUUCCCUCACCAUCACCUCCCGUACGUCCCCGUCGCUGUCCCUCCUUCUCCGGCGAUUCCCGAAUGUCACAGAGAUCAAAGUCCGCGACUUUCACGGCGACCUCAACUCCCUCCUCUGCCGAAUCUCGAAAUCUCCGCUCGACCUCGAAUCUCUUGACAUCUCAGGUCACUGCUACUUCCCUUCCGAGGGGCUCGCCGCGUUGGGGAGUAGAAUGAGGAAUCUCAAGGAACUGAAUUGCUCCAAGAUCUCCGGGUUGCAGAACGCCGAUCUGGUUGUGAUUGGGAAAUUGUUUCCUUUCCUUCAGGAUCUCGACAUCAGCUUCCCUCAGUACAGCUCGCGCUUCAAUCCUAAUGGGUCGUUGGAUUUGCAGUCGUUUAUGACGUUCGUGACCGACGAAGGGAUCGCUGAUUUGUCAUCGAAGCUGAUCGACCUGCGGCGGAUCGACAUUUCCGGUAACCAGUUCAUUACUGAUAAAUCGGUUUUGUCUUUGUCGUUGAAUUGCUCCUUGUUGAGCGAAAUCGUGCUUCUUGAUUGCGAUUUCAUAACCCAGGCUGGAAUUGGGUUGGCUCUACGAAGUGCCGUGAACUUGAACUCUGUGGCGUUGGAUGGAAUUGGUAUCCCUUCGCUGGAUUCGUCCAUGAAGGAAUCGUUUGCCUACGCGAAGAACUUGGGCGCGCUUCAUCUGUCCAACUCAUUUAUAUCAGAUGAAUUGCUAAGUUUGGUUGCAGAAGCAAAUCUUUCUCUGGAGAAGUUGUCAAUCUCCCACUGCUAUAAUUUCAGUUCUGUUGGGGUUGAGUACUUGUUGCAGAGAUAUCAGUUCUUAGCAUACUUGGAUCUCGAAGGAGCAAAUUUUCUCACCGAUGAGUCCAUGAUUGAGUUCUCCAACUACCUUCCCAACUUGACAUUCAUAAACCUUGGCCUCUGUUCUAAGCUGACAGGGCUUACAUUCUUUACCCUGAUGAAAGCCUGCCCAUUGCUCGAAGAUGUAAGAAUGGAGAGCACGAAUAUCGGGGUGGAAGAGUGCAAUGAACUCGCGGUGAAGAAAUCCAAAAUCAAGACCCUGGAUUUGGCUGGCAAUAAUAGCUUGAGUGAUGAGUUUCUGAAAAGGGUUGCUUUAGGCUGUCCCAAUUUGGAAAUGCUUAACAUCAGCUACUGCCCUAAUAUCACAGAAGAUGGAGUUACUCAAGUUUUAAGCAAGUGCACUCGACUGAGGCACCUGGAGAUUAGUCGUUGUUUUGGAAUUAAAAGCCUUGUCAUUGACUUCGAUCUUCCUGAGUUGGAGAUACUGAAAGCUCAAGGAUCUGUUCUGGAUAAUGAAGCACUAGGAGUGAUAGCAGAGAGCUGUCAGGCGCUGUUGCAAUUAGACUUGGAAUCUUGCUUAAGUGUGACAAAACAGGGCGUGGGUCGAGUGAUGGAGCAUUGCAAGAGGUUGAGGGAGAUAAACCUGAGGAGUUGUGAGAAUUUGGGGAUUGAUAUUAUUGCAUUGAUGGUGUUCACAAGGCCGUCACUUAGGAAAGUUGUUCCUCCUUGUGGGAGUAUGUUUAGUGAUCAGCAGAGAAACCUUUUCCGUAGACAUGGAUGUUCGGUUUCCGAAAGCUAGUCUCAGAUCACCAUUUUGUAGAAAGCUAUCUAUUUAUUGAUUGAGAAAUUCUUGUGAAUAUGAAUAAUGAAUUUCCUCUCUAAUAUACUGUUAUCUUUGGCGUGUUUUCUUAUUGGUUCUAUGAGAUUCAAUGUUAGUCAGGCGAUCAUCGGGGUCGGGGAUCUUUCUCUGGCUUCUGCUUUUGGUUGCAUUAGUGUGCAUUCAUUGUUUGUGGGUACUGCAGCUGCAUAAGGUAGCCAAGUUUGGUUCCUUGCCUUGCUCCCAGGACGGAACCUGGGGAUUUCUGCUGACUCAGGAUGCUAGACAACCCUGUUUCUGUAACUUGUUAAUUGUUAUGCUAGACAACCCUUCCACUGUCAGGCAAUCUAGCUUCUAGAUUCACUGUGAUGGAUGCCUUUAAGUUUUCUCCAGGAGGCGGCAUAUGAGGUGAUGAUGUUCAUUUGCCAUGGAUUUCGAUAUGAUCGGACAAGUUGAUUGUGGUUUUAUUGUACUUUGAUUGGUUGUUUGCAAGAGAGGUUCAUGAUGAUCUGUUUUCGGUCAAGGGUUUUGCUCUUUUUGGGUGGUUGCUUUCCAACUGUGUUUUGGUCUUUGCUACUGUAUUUUGUCCUACAUGGUUUUGUUUGUAACCGAAUGCUCUUGGUCUUCCUCGAACCAAGUUCUUCCUCUUUGUAGCUGAUAAGUUUUAAGUGCAAUAAAGUUCCAUCUGUAAA